CACAGGUGUCACUGCGGCUGUCUGACCGGACUGAGGAGGAGGCGUCCGGGCCUGAGAGGAGCGGGAGAACGCGCUGAGACGCGCCGCCAGACGCACCGCAUGGUGACCUAACAGAGAUGGGCUUCGCAGGCACGUGUUGCGACAACCUGGAGGAGCCGCCGGCCCUGAUGAAGAUGGGUCUGAGCCUGAUCCUUGUCGGUCACGUCAACUUCCUGCUGGGGGCGGUGGUGCAUGGCAUUGUGCUCCAGCAAAUCAACCUGCACGAGAAGGUGCGAGGCAUGGGCUACGCCAUCUCCAACGUGGUCACUCUCUUCUCCGGCAUGUUGGGUGUCAUCGUUGGGAUCCUAGCUAUUAUCCUGUCAAAAAACAAGAAGAGCAAACCUCUGACGUGGUCCUUAUUCUCCAUCAGUCUGGUUUCGUCGCUCAUGGCAGGAAGUUCCACCAUUGGGCUUUUCGUGUCUCUAGUGAAGACCAUCGUCAACGGCAGGCGGGUACUCCUGACUCACUGCCGCUUUCCUGAUGUCAUCAGCUACUCCAGCAUUACCAACGAGUGUCCUUUUGACCCUACCCGUGUCUAUAGUACCACUAUUAUCCUCUGGGUUGGUCUGAUUGUAUCGUGUAGCAUUCAGAUGGUGUUUUCUGCUCGUUGCCUUGCUGCCUGUAUUUCCUUCUUGGGGCUGUCUGGUUGCCGCAAAAGCAUGAGACAUAAAAAACCCUAUACCAGACCCUUCAAUGUGGCAAAGUCAGCGAAGGAAACUUCUCAACCUCACUACACCGAGCCUCCAAGAAGGCAACACGGCCCUUCACGAGUCUACACCGAACCUCCUAGAGUCCACAAUACAUCACCUAGACGUCACACAGAACAACCAAGAUGCCACGAGGAACGUUCACAACUCUACACCAACCCUCCUGGAGACCACAGUAAACCAACUAGGCAUCAUAAAGACCCCCCAAGAAGCAACAACAAGCCAUCAAAGCAUCCCACGGCGCCUCCAAGACUGGAGCGCCACACACCUCAAAGGCCCCUUCCUUCCCACAAUCAAAGUCUUCCCACCUCAGAGAGGCAGCCUCUUCGGCAAUCUCACCGAGAUUGGUCGGACGUAGAACGCCAAGAAAUGAGGAGCUGCAGUCAACAAAGAGGGCAGGGGGAGCACCACAACCUGAGGAGAGGUACGUCCGACAGGCCCAGUAUUUGGAUAUAGUUGUGUUUGUGAGGCCAAAUUGUCUUUAAAUACACUUUACUUGUUGCUGCAGUAGUAUUCAAGUGUCCAGCAUCACACAGACAGAACUCCCUUUGUGUGUCUGGGAUAAAUCGGCUUUCAAAAGCCGUAUCCUUAUUGAAAGGAGACAUUUUUUAUUUUCAUAGGGCAUCAUCAGGAAGUUUGGGAAGGACAGGAAGUUUGUACCAGAUGCAGCAUACGGGGUGUGUUAUUGCUCAUCUUUCUAUUUGUAAUGGUUGGAUUAUAUUAGAGAAAACUGCACUUAAUACUUUAAACUGAGAACGUGUCAGUAUCCAUGGGCUUGACGACAUGAAGGACUGUUUUAUUUUCAGCUAUGAACUGAAAGAUUAAAUGCCUUGCUGAAAAAUAAGGUUAGCUAAAUUUACCAGAGUACUUUCAGAGAUAGCAUAGCGUCUCUGCUAACUUUAGCUGCUAGCAAGCUGGUUCUUUCACGAAAGAAGACCAGAACCAGCAAUAUGUUUGUUUUUCAUCAUGGAAAUAUUUUUAUUUUUUUAUGCUUUGUUUUGUUUGUUUAAUGUUUUUCUUAAUUCAAAGUUGUACCAAAUGCUGCUAAGAAAUGAUGGCUGACCUGAACUCAACUAUGGUUAGCUUGACUUAAUGCACCGGAAGCUAGUCAGGGUAAGGCCUGUACAUAUGCCACAAAAACAGAGUAUUUAGUUAUUUUCCUUAAGGUGGUUCUGUCUGAUCAGGACAUUUAAUACUUCAUAAGAACUCAAGUGGAAAACUCUUGGGGAAUUUUCCAAAGAUCCCUCCCAUUGCCACAUGUGGUGUCGGCGUUGUGUCGUAACCCACUCCAGAUUUCUGAGCAAUCCCACGACAGUGUUUGGAGACGACACAAAAAUCAAGUUUAGACCACAUUGUAUGUCAAGGACAAAUUGCAAGAACUCCCAAACUGUGUCUACAAGAACAGAAUGUCAAUUCGUUAUUGUGGCCUGGGGGAGGUGGAACACAUUUUCUGUCCAGGCAGAACAUGUAUAGGCCAAAACUCAAAAUGUCCCAGCAAGUCAUUAAAGCAAGUCUUCACAGACUAGAUUUCUUUUUUCUUUUUUUUUUUGUUGCCACAGAAGCAUUAUCUAGUGACAUAUUGUGUUUAUUAUUUUUGAUACCUGACAUAUGAUAGCUGAGCUGGACUCAACUUGGUUUAGCUUGACUGGAUACUUUUGAACAUUUGAGUGCUUUCUAGAAUUUUACUACUGUUGCCACAAGCAUAAAUGUUUAAAUUAGUGGUGUUCACCUGUUUGGCUAACUCACCUGUUGUUUUACUGCCUUGUUGAAUGUAAUGUGAACAGCUUUUAUUUUCUCACCAACAUUCUCAUCCCCAAAAUUAUGAAUUAUUUCCCCCCCAGUCUCCCAACAUCUGAGUUUACAAACAAGUACUGGACCGCUACAUUCCUAAUCUGUGAGUUCAUUCUAGGAAAGUUUGUUUCUCACCGACUGCGUGAGAUUUAAGUAACUGACUAUUCUUGCGUUGAAAAUGUAAUUCUGUUAGUCAAUACGGAAAGUGUUUUUUUGUGUUUAUUUAAUUAAAUCUUUUUGUAUUGAGGUACACCUUGCAUGUGUUUACAGUCUGAAUAUUGUUUUCUUUCAGUAUGCCAGUGACCUGACAGGUACAACUGUUUAAACUCCAGAUGGGUAAAAAAAAAAAGAAACUGGCCAGUUGCUACGUUCAAACCUGUCUGGUGUGUCUUAAUAAAGCCCCUUUAAUACUUUUUGAAACGUGGAAUGACGACGACGUUCUUCCGUGCGGAAGUGAGGAUGCGGUCGACACAUGCUGCUUCGAAACACACGGGGUAUAUUUUGAUAUCUUUUUAAUGUCAGGUUCAACAGAACAAACAUUGCAUCCUCGUACGAGGUUUUCAUGCAACAGAAAAGUAGUGCAGGAAUAGGGGAAGGAUAAAAGAGGAGGAGGGGCUUAUUUUAUUUUCUUCAAGACAAGAUACCAGUUCGUUAGAAGAGGCAGUGAUAAUAGAAACU